AUGGAAAUGGGACUUAGCCCAAUUGUAUGUAUUGCUCAAGAUUAUAUUCAAGGAAAAACUGUGGAUGAUUUACGAUUACGUCAGACGAUACUUGAACUACCUGAUAAUAAAACAGAACAUCUUCCAGGCUAUUUACCUCUCGUACCAGGAAUGCCAGUUUUACUCACAGAAAACGUCGCUAGUGAGCUCGGACUCUCCAACGGUACACGUGGAAUCUUUCGUCAACUUGUAUACGAUGAAUCACCAGAAGAUGUUCGAUACCAAGAUAAGAAUUUUCCACCAAAUA